CGCCUGGCCCCGGUCCCACGGGUAAACAUUAGCUCGGUGGCGGCGCUGGCGCAGCGGGGACGCCGCCAUGCAGCCCGUGCUGGGGGUCCUCGCCCUGGCCGCGGCCCUGGCCUCAGGCCGCCGUUCCCCCCUCAAUGAUUUCCAGCGCCUGCGAGCCACCGAGCUGCUGGCAAGGCCUGCAGACCCAACGCUGCCACCGCCAGAGCAGGGCUCGGAGGAGCUGUGUGCCCGGCGCUGUGCCACCAGCCUGGCCUGCCGGGCUUUCCACCACGACCGGCAGAGCCAGCUGUGCCAGCUGCUGCCCUGGACCCAGCACUCGCCACACAUCCAGCUGCAGAAGAACAUCCACUAUGACCUGUACCAGAAGAAAGUCUUCCUGCGGGACUGCAUUGUGGACAAUGGCUCCAGUUACCGCGGCACACGGGCUGUGACGGAGAAGGGUCUGCGCUGCCAGCACUGGCAAGCCACAACACCCCAUGACCACAGGUUCCUACCAUCACCCCAUAAUGGUCUAGAGGAGAAUUACUGCCGCAAUCCAGACCGGGACAAGCGGGGCCCGUGGUGUUACACCGUUGACCCCAACAUCCGACACCAGAGUUGUGGCAUCAAGAAGUGUGAGGAUGCCGUCUGCAUGACCUGCAACGGGGAGGACUACCGCGGCACUGUGGAUCACACCGAGUCAGGGACAGAGUGCCAGCGCUGGGACAUGCAGCACCCACACAAGCACCCCUACCAUCCCCACAAGUACCCUGACAAGGGGCUGGAUGACAACUACUGCCGCAACCCCGACAGCUCGGAACGGCCCUGGUGCUACACCAUCGACCCCAGGCGGGAGCGCGAGUACUGCCGCAUCCGCGUGUGCACAGAGAAACGCCCGCGGCCCCUCAACGUCACCACCAACUGCUUCAGGGGCAAAGGCGAAGGCUACCGGGGACGGGUGAACGUCACCGUGUCAGGGAUCCCCUGCCAGCGCUGGGACGCCCAGGUCCCCCACCAGCACCACUUCACACCCGAGAAGUACCCCUGCAAGGACCUGCAAGAGAACUACUGCCGCAACCCUGAUGGCUCAGAGGCUCCGUGGUGCUUCACUGCCCGCUCCACUGUCCGCAUCGCUUUCUGCUUCCACAUCCGCCGCUGCCCUGAUGAGCUGGGUGCCCAAGAGUGCUACCAUGGCCAUGGUGAGCACUACCGUGGUUACGUCAGCAAGACACGAAAAGGCAUCACCUGCCAGCCAUGGGCUGCCCAGACACCCCACGUGCCCCAGAUCUCACCUCUCACCCACCCUGAAGCGCACCUGGAGGAGAACUACUGCCGCAACCCCGAUAAUGACAGCCAUGGCCCCUGGUGCUACACCAUGGACCCCCGCACCCCUUUUGACUAUUGUGCCAUCAAGCCCUGCUCUGGCAGCGCAGUGCCCUCUGUCCUGGAGAAUGCAGACACAGUGGCCUUCAAGGAGUGUGGCCAGCGGGAUGAGAGGUUGCAGCUGAAAGGGCGCAUUGUUGGUGGCCAGCCUGGCAACUCGCCCUGGACUGUCAGCAUCCGCAACCGGGCUGGUGUGCACUUCUGCGGGGGAACCCUGGUGAAGGAGCAGUGGGUGAUCAGCACACGACAGUGCUUCUCCUCCUGUGAUGCUGACCUCACGGGCUAUGAGGUGCACCUGGGGACGCUCUUCAAGGACCCCGGUCCUGGGGACCCGGACCUACAGACCAUCCCCAUUGCACGGAUCGUCUGUGGCCCCUCUGAGUCCCAGCUGGUGAUGCUGAAGCUGGCAAGGCCAGCGACUCUAAACAAGCGCGUGGCCCUGAUCUGUCUCCCACCUGAGCGCUAUAUUGUGCCUGCGGGCACCGUCUGCGAGAUCGCCGGCUGGGGGGAGACCAGAGGCACGGCGGACGGUGGUGUACUGAACGUGGCGUGGCUGCCGGUGCUGUCUCAUGGCGAGUGCAAUGCGGCUCUGCGCGGACGUGUGAAGGACAGCGAGCUCUGCACAGCCCCACUGCGUGCUGGUGUGGGGGCCUGCGAGGGAGAUUACGGGGGGCCACUGGCUUGCCUCACUGCCAACUGCUGGGUGCUGGAGGGGGUGAUCACCCCAUCCCGUGUCUGCGCCCGCACUGACCAGCCUGCCCUCUUCAUCCGUGUGUCGCUCUACGUUGACUGGAUCUACAAGGUGAUGAAGAUGGGCUGAGCCGGCUUGGCCCAGCCUGGCACAGCCACCACCAUGCAAUAAAGG